GCGGGAGGCGAUUGGUGCGGGAGGGUGGCGAAGGCUCUGCUCCACAUUUUUUGCGAUCCUGAAUCCAGACUUUCGUCUCGUCAGAUUCAAGAUUUGGCUCGCUCCGCCCAUGACUGGUUGUAUAGUAUAUCAGCACUGGGCGAGGGCGCUUGAAACAGUUUUUUAUUUUUUUCUGAGUUUAGGUUGAAAGUACGCUAUCUUGGUUUUCAGAAUGCACAGUGUUCACUGAGUUGGGACUACAUAUCUCAUAAACUGGACUGAUAUAGCUACUCGUGUUGUGCUGACAGCGGAACCACAUCCAAGGGAUCCAGUCAAGUUUUGUGUAUGGACAACAGCCUAGGAGUGACCUGCGGGAAAUUUAUACACUGAAAAAAAACUUGGGGAAUGGUAGACCGCAUGAUGGCAAUGAACCAUGGACGAUUCCCUGAAGCUAUUAAUGGUCUCCACCAUCACCACCCAGCACGCAGAAUGGGCAUGGGGCAGUUCUCGAACCCAUUACACCAUCAGCAACAACAACAGCAGCAGCAGCAGCAACAGCAACAGCAGCAUGGCUACACUACUGGUAUUAUGGGAGAUCAUUUGCACUACGGAGGGGGAAAUGUAACAUCUAACCACGGAAUUAGACAUUCUGUGGGUUCGGGGAAUGUAAAUGUAAACGCUGGACACCCAAACGGCAACAUGCCUCCCGGUGCGCGCUAUAGCUCUCAAUUUGUGGGACCCACCGCCGCCGUCCCCACUCAAGGACAGCUCGCGGCAAGUAUGCAGUUACAAAAGCUCAACACGCAAUACUACAGCCACCAUACACAUCCCUCUCAUCAUCAUUAUAUGCAUGAGUUGCAUCCUGCGAGUCAUCAACUUAACGGGACAGGACAACAGUUCAGAGAUGGCAACGCGAAACACAGCACGUCCAGUUUGCCUCCACAGGCGCACCAUUUGCCUGCUGCAAUACUGCCCCCCAACGUCAUUGACACGGACUUUAUUGAUGAGGAGGUCUUGAUGUCUCUGGUCAUUGAGAUGGGCCUGGACCGAAUAAAGGAGCUACCCGAGCUGUGGUUAGGACAGAACGAGUUUGAUUUCAUGACAGACUUCGUAUGUAAGCAACAGCCAAGCCGAGUGAGUUGUUAAAUCUCAGCAAGUGGACUUAUACAGUCACCUACUCAAACAGACUUUAAAGCAUUCCUGUUUGUCUCUUAAACUCAAGCAUUCGAGAGAGCUCUGCAAUAUACCAAUGGAGAACCAUUCAAACAUGUAGGCUAUACUAGAUAAAUUCCUCUAAUAUUUGGAAGGUAAUAGGCUUACACUGCAGACAUCAUGGAAAUCAGUUUGUUUGAGUAGGAAUACACUACAAUCUCAAUCGAGUCUGUCAGAAGGAAAAUCCUCAAAUCCAUGAAAUGCAUCAUUGCCUAAUUUAACAACUGAACAUGGGAAAUCAAGAAAACCUACCCGAGUAGAGCUGUCUGCUUAUUUGAAUAGUCCUCAAAGAAAAUAGAGAUGUACAAUGGUGUGCUUGGUAUAUUUAUUUUCCUGCCUCAUUCAAACAUUUUGGAUGACAGAAGAUGUUGAAUUAUUAUGAAUUGCAAAUGAACCAUAUUCUAAAUGAUCUAAGUGGUUAAGAAACAUGCUUCUAGACAAGUGCUGUGUCAUUGUUCCCUACAAUAAUAUACUGUAAAAUUUUGUUGCGAUAUACUUAUCAGAUAUCUGUAAUGUAAAAUGAUUUGUCUAUCAUGGAAGAGAACUGCAACUUGUGUUUUUUUCUCUUCUCCCCUGCAAAUGUCUUUCUAACAUUGCUUGUAUCCCAGCCAGGAUGCGUUGUGAGUGAACUUGGCUGUCUUGGUUAUUGUAAAGGUUAAUUGUAGGAGAGAUGUGGAUCCUUCAAUAACAGGGGGAGUGAUGUGUUGAGGUGUGGGUAUUGUCCACAUGCUUAAAUGGGACCUGUCUGGUAGAAAGAGUGAGACAAAAUAUUGUCUUUGGAAAAAGGAUACUCCUUAACUGAAUACCCGGCCCCCUCCCCCCUUCUCUUUCCUUUGUGGACAAUAAAUGGUGUGGAAUGUUAUCAAGGUAGAGAGUAUAAUUUCACAGGAUGUUUUCUUCCUCAUCAGUUCUGAGAAUUGACACCACUGUGCUUAUUUAGUGUAUGCGAUACAUGGCAAUACUACUGUGUUGAAGCUUUCCAGGAAAGUUGGACAGUAUUUUUGUAAUUUAUUCUAUUUUAAUUUGCAAACAUGAAUAAAGCAGCUGAAGUGCAUUACUGAAGUGAACAUGGUGUGAUUGUGGGUGUUGGCAUCCGUUCCAUGUGUUUUCAAUUUGUGGGGUUUGUUGUUGCAUACUUUUGCAUAGUGGCAGGACAAAAAACAACUAUCCUUUUACAUUCAGAAUUCAGUUUGGUUCACAUGGGCCCAAAGUUGUAGUUAGGGAAAGGGGGAUACCUAGUCAGUUGUGCAACUGAAUGCAUUCAACUGAAAUGUGCCUUCUGCAUUUAACCAAACUCCUCUGAAUCAGAGAAGUGCGGGGGGCUGCCUUAAUCGACAUCCACGUCUUCGGUGCCCGGUUAGUGUUGUUGUGAGGAAAUACUACACUCUUAGGUUCUAGAUAACACCUUUUUUUCUAAGAGUCUAGUUCUGAGACUAACCACUAAUGAUGCAUACAGCCUAAAAAUACCCAACCACCUAACAAUUCUAGUACUUAUUACAUAGGUAUUACAAAGAAGUCUAGUGAUUUGCAUCCCUGUGAUUGAAACUAUGCAUGCAUAGACAUACAGUGCAAUGAGAGUUUCACUUUGUCCUUGAAACUAAGAUAACACACCUGUGUUAUUUAUUAUUUACAAUGAUACGACUGCAGAUUUUGGACAAUGAUCUAAUGUGAUACUGUUUUUAGUUAUGCUUGAUAUGCCAUGUAAGAAGGCACUGCCAUUGAAUGCUGAUUGUAAAAGGUCGGUCUUAUUGUCAAGCUAGUUAAUAAGUACACUCCUAUUGUUUUCACCAAACUGUAAAUAAGAUUUUUUUUAAUUAAAAGAUUUAACACUU